AUGAAGCAUCUCUGUGAACACUGUAGAGCUAUCCCUUGGGACCUCAUAGAGACUUGGCGUUAUGAAAAGAAGUUCUGGACAACGUUGCGAGCAACUGACGAGUCUGCCGAGGUCUUAGAAGACUCUCGAAUGGUCGUAGACGUCCAUAAGAUGAUCUCCCCUACGUGCGACCUGUGUCAAGUUGCUAAGAACCUCUACAACCAAGAGACGUUCGUGUACCUCCGUUAUGAGCCAGCUCAGAACGACAGCGUCUUCCAUGGCUCUCUCCACGUCGGAAUAGAAGAUCCAAGCUCAUACUGGCUGCAACGUACCUUUGGCGUUAUUUCUGGAUCACAACAACCUCCUUCUCAAGCAUACGUAAAUUUCGAAAUCCUCAGGGCACCGAUCGAAUGGUCCAUCGGAGCAUCGAGCCAGAAAGGCUCGCGCCAGGAUAGCAAACCCGUUGCUGUACAAGGUCUCCAUCUGAUAGAUUGUGUCCAAGAGAUUGUGCUACCUGCACCUGAGGGGUGCGACUAUCUUGCUCUAUCUUAUGUCUGGGGCUCAUCUACCGACAAUGGCGUACGUAGAGAGUUGCCGAAACUCCCCAGUCGACUGCCACGAACAAUACAAGACGCCAUCACUGCCACAAAAGCGCUUGGAUACCGAUAUCUCUGGGUCGACAGAUACUGCAUCGACCAGGUCGAUGAUCAAAUUAAACAUCAACAAAUCCAGCAGAUGUGGGACAUCUAUGCCUCAGCGCAUCUUACCAUCAUUGCCGCGAAUGGCGACGGCCCUGAUCAGGGCUUGGCGGGCAUGAGUCUCCCUAGGUCCUCUUCGCUCUUGAGAGAUGUUUCGAUCCAGGUCCAGGGCCUAACUCUUGUACCUCGAUAUGUCAGGACGACUAAUGAAGUUGGAUCUUCGACCUGGGCGUCUCGGGCCUGGACGUUUCAAGAAAACUUCGCCUCCCGACGGCGUCUUUACUUCAGCGACUCUCUUGCAUUCUACAUCGAAGAUGAUUAUUUCGCAAGCGAUAUAUGCCCGCCUCACGACCUGGUUUUCGAAGUCGGCAAUCAAAACCUAAGAGAAGCCCUCGAACGCUCUCUAGCAUCACAGACAACCGAUACGGGAGCACUCCGAGACAACAAGCAGACGCAAGCACGAAAGUGCAUCGAAGCCUACUGCAUGCGAAAUCUGACGUACGACUCGGACGCCUUGAACGGCAUCCUCGGGGUUCUCAAUCACUUCUCACAGGAUCAGGUCGCUCCAGCGCACCACAUCUGGGGGGUCGUCGUAGCCCCCGUUGAUCUCAACGGGCCGUUUGGACGUCGCUUCCCAGAAUGCUAUGAAGUUUCCAUCCACUGGUACCACCCGGAACCUGGAGUUCGACGGAAAGACUUCCCAAGUUGGGCGCCCAUCGCUUGGAGGGGUCCCGUGAGACACGUCGUGGAUGCGAGUCGUCCGCAUAUCGUACCGAUGAUACCUUCGGACUACGCGAUCGAUGUUCACUGUGAAGGAGGGUUGCAGCCUAUCGAGGCAUAUGUGACGAGCGGGCAGAUUCGACACGAUUCGGGUCGGCAGGAUGCUCCUCGUCACUUGACAUUUAAGCAAGUACGCACGCUCUCCGUCGCCAUCGAUUGGGGCGAUUCUACUUUCCCUGCAGUCCUGCAAAUCGACGACACGACGGACGUCGUCCUUCCGGUGUUCUGGGACCAGUCGGUGGCCAGAGAAGACGUCAGGGCGCUGAUCGGUAUGGUCAUCACCACCUACCAACACGGUGAUAUCAGCAUCAUGCUCCUCAAGCCGAUGGGGGCGCACUACGAGAGAGUCGGCCUGAUCAUCUGGGGCUACCGAACUGGCCAUUACACUGUGCGAGAUUGCAGAACCGGAGUGCAGAAGCUUGCCCGCUCUGCAAUAGACAGGUUGAUGAGUCGUCCACUGUUCGCAUCGGAGACCCGACAGGAUAUCGUCCUGGAAUGA